CUCUGUUGAGCUGUGUAGAAAAGAGGACAUACUGGCACCUCUCUCUGUUCUCUGUCUCUCUUCACAGUCUCCUCUGACUGUAUUUAUGUCUUUGGGAAAUUAUUUUAAUUUCAUUGUUCUUCAUUAACAAGCUGGAACUGGACAUAUUGGACGUUAUUCCCAUUGUGAAGAGGGUUCAGUGGUCAAACAGUCAAUUGGUUGGACGAUCUGACGGUUUUCUGGUUGGACUAUAACCACAGAGGGAGUUUUCUGUGUUUGAGGAGAGCAGGGAAGAGACGAGCUAGCUGCUGAGUGAAGGAGUGAAAGAGUAUCAUCUUGUAAUUAGUGGACUGGACUCAGAAAGAGGUGUUGGUUUAAGAUAAGGAAAAGGAACAAUCACCCUGAGUUCCCAUUUAGAGGAAGUACAGGGCGAGGAGGGUUACAUUUCAUUUCAACCAACCAACAAUUGACUGUUGUUUAACCAAGGAUGGAAGUUGCUUGUGUUUGAGAAGAGCAGGGAAGGCCUACCGUAGCUGCUGUGCGUGAAGAACACAGGUGGUUACAUUACGGUUUAACCAGCCAUUGACCAUGGUUGACCGCUCUGCUGCGGAACCCACCAUGAGCUCCAGUCUGGUCAACUCUCUUGCCAAGGUGUACGACCCCAACCCUCUUCAUGGUCAGAAACUGGCCGGGACAAAGCUGAUACGUUCACCCACUGGACCUGACAAACAACCCCAGACACCUUCCUCACCCUCUUCCUCAUCCUCUUCUCCGGUCAUUGUUACAUGGUGCGUUGAGACUGAAAGCCGCAUGGACUCUCUAAGCAGCCAGAUGGAGCGUCUGCUUAACAUCCAGGAGACCGUCCUCACCCGGCUGGAUGGCCUGUCCCGGGACCUGGGGGGCGUGGGGAGGGAGGUGGCAUCUCUCCGGGCCGGGGCCUGGGGGUCGGCUGGAGGUCUGGGCCAGACCCAGGGUAAGACCCAGACCCAGGGGGUGGAGGUGGAGGGUCAGGCCCAGGAGGUGGCUGUGGCCUGUAGGGUGCUCCAGGGGGUGGUGCAGGAGGCCAGCCAGCGAGUGGAGCAGCAGGGGAAGAGGCUGGAGGGAGUGGAGAGGCUGAUGGAGGGAAUGCAUCAGGUCAUCGGUUUCAUCGGAGAGGUGGUGAAGAGCUCUCUGCUGGCUGAGCUACUGUUUAAUAAGCCUGGAGGCUGUAAGGGGGCUAAGGCCAAACAAGCCAGGAAGCUGAAGGGCAACGGGAUGAGGGAUGGGAAGGACAAGGCCAAGCUCAGCCUGAAGUGCCUGAAAGCCCAGAAGAAGAAGCCUCCAGAUGCAUCAGACUCUGUAGAGGCCCUCCUUCUAGACCAGGUAGAGAAGCUCAACAGGCAUAAUGCUGAGCGUUCCCAUGGUAAUGGGGUGGUUCUGGACAUGCCCCACAUCCCUGUUGUCCAAUACAUGGAAGAGCUAGAGGGGAAUGGGGAGGAGAAGAGGAAAACCCCUGAGCAGGAGGAAGAGCAGAGGGCCAGAGAAGAAGAGGAAGGGGAGGGGGAUAUAUUUGGUGAAUCUGACCCCGAGGAAGAGGAGGGAAGAGAGGGAGAGGCACUGAAGAUUAAGGUGGAGCACGUUCAAGAAGAAGACGGGGAGAAGAGAGGGGAAGGAGGGGAGAAAGAGUCAUCAGAACCUCUAGAAAGUUCUGCGGAGUUAGGUGAGGUGGCUGCCUGCAGUAAACGUGGAAUCAAAGAGGAGUAUUGGGUGAAAGAUAACUUGAAGAAGAGUCGAGUGGAGGAAAGGAAAGAGGGGGAAGAGGAGGGAGUUCCUGAGGGUUCAGAGCUUCAGGCUGCCCAAUCAGAGGCAGAGAAGACGGAGAAGGAAGAGGAGGUGGAUGAUGGACAGCCAAAAGAGUACAUCAUUGACUCUAGCCCUCCGCCAGCAGCCCCCUUUGACCACCGCAUCGUGACUCCGAAACCUCACCAGGUUACUACCUUCUACACCAUUAACAGAGAGGAGGUCCUAGGAGGGGGACGUUUUGGACAAGUCCAUAAAUGUGUAGAGAACUCUUCUGGACUGAAGCUGGCUGCCAAGAUUAUCAAAGCCAGGAGCCAGAAAGAGAAGGACGUGGUGAAGAAUGAGAUCCAGGUGAUGAACCAACUCAAUCACGCCAACCUGAUCCAGCUCUACGCUGCCUUCGAGUCACACCACGACAUCAUCCUCGUCAUGGAAUAUGUGGAUGGAGGGGAGCUGUUUGACCGGAUCAUAGACGAGAACUACAACCUGACAGAGCUGGAUACGGUGCUGUUCAUCAAACAGAUCUGUGAGGGAUUACAGUACAUGCACAAGAUGUACAUCUUACAUCUUGACCUCAAGCCGGAGAACAUUCUGUGUGUGAGCAGAGCUACAAACAAAAUCAAAAUAAUAGACUUUGGGCUUGCAAGAAGGUAUAAGCCCAGGGAAAAGUUGAGGGUUAAUUUUGGAACGCCGGAAUUCCUAGCUCCGGAAGUCAUCAACUAUGAAUUUGUCUCAUUCCCCACAGACAUGUGGAGUCUGGGGGUCAUCACAUACAUGCUGCUGACUGGUCUGUCUCCAUUCCUUGGUGACGAUGACAACGAGACACUGAACAACAUCCUUGCCUGUCAGUGGAACUUUGAGGAGGAGGAGUUCACCGACAUCUCUGAGGAGGCCAAAGACUUCAUUGCGCGCCUGCUGAUCAAGAGCAAUAGUUGGAGGAUGAGUGCCUCACAGUCACUGAAACAUUCCUGGCUGUCGGACCGUAAUCUUCACUACCGCCUGCAUCAGAAGAAAAAUAAGUGCCACUCAACGCAUCCUCACCCUCCCCGAAAAUCUAGACCGUCCCCCAUCCAGAAUGAGUCUCCCCUCCAAAAGGACUCCCAAGACCCUGUGGGCACCUUAUGAUGACACGGGCAGGUGCCUAUCGUUGACACUGGGGCCAGGGGCGGGGCCCAACCUGGACCAACACUGCUGUACCUGUAUGGCUAUUCGAUCACUACUCUCUGCACUGCCUCACAUCCUCGCAUUCGUUAUCUUUGCACCGCGGCUCGCUAUAGCUCUCGCCACAGAUGGGAGGGUGUGAGGCCGGCAGGAAGUUAAUGGGUUGCAUUUCUACCUCCAAACCCAGCCCCCUCCCACUCUGUUACUCUGGCCACAACAUCACCAAAGACUCUCAGCUAACAACCCAGCUAACAAUGUCCACAGUGGCGCGCGGUUCACCAUGCGAUCAUUCAGUCCAGCAAGCACAAGAAGAAGGAACCUUCGCCAUGACAAGGGAAGAGGGGAUUGCAGGUGGGGUGGCCAACAACUGUUUGUUCAGCAGCUGAAUGUCCCUUAUGGGCCAGUGUAUUGCUCUCCUAGCUUCAGUUGGGUAACUGAAAGAACCCCGUUGGGACAGAGCGGACAUGUGCAGCCCCCGAGCUGAGGUUUAGGAGGAGGGCUUCUAGUCUGAGAGGACAUCAUGCACAGCCCCUCGGACCCAGUAAGGCAUCAUCCUGCUGAAUGAAAGAUGAGGCGUGGCGUGAAAUAGCGGAGUGCCCGUUUUCCCCCAGUAGAAAUUGUAUCCAGUAUUGAUGUAGUAUUUAUUAUAUUGCAAUGGAUGUGGAGUAACGGUUACCUAAAACUUGACAUUACUUGAUAAAGAAACGUAUGUGUUAAUAUGAUGGCUACCGUCAUAAUAGUUUUGUGUAAUUAAUAAAGGUAUUUUGCACAGUCACAUGUUAUAAGCAUCAUGCCCUGAACUUUAAUGGAUCACUAUCGAGUACAAACGGAACCCCCAUCCUGUUAUUUAUGUACAUUUUCAGCAUACUGUGGAUGUGAAAUACCUUAUCAUAGGUCUAGUUUACCAAGUCUUGUCAUACCAGUGCUUUUUUAUUUAUUUCAGAGGUUUUGAAUUAGAAGUCUGGUGUGGGAGCAUUUCUUGUCCUCGUAUUUUCCUAGCAUAGUUUCUAGUUAGGAGUGCUUUUUUUCUUCUUUACAUUUGACAAUACCAUUUCUUCUUCAUUUGCCCCAUUGAAGUUGGUUGUAUUAAUUGAUUGAAAUUGGAACAUUAACAGAUUAUUCCUUAGUAUUUCCCAUUGCUGCUAACGUUACUUUCUCCUGGCACCACAGGUGUGAAUUUACUAUAAAAACCACCUCUGUGCUUGCAUGCUGUUGGCUUGACCUUUGACCCUGCUUUGCUUUGGCCAUUUGGAGUAGCCCUCUCACCUUCCAUGAAGGCAUACUACUGAACACUACCUAUAUGAUUGAAUAAUUCAUGUUUAUCACUGAAGUUAGUCGCCAUCCACUGGGCACAGAUGUCAGUUCGACGUCUAGUUUUGAUUUACAUUUGGUUCAGUUGUCAACUAACGUGAAUUCAAUAAUUAUUUAGGUUAAAAGAUUUAUGUUAAAAGUUGGGUGAAAAAAGACGAAAUGCCCUCACGUUGAUAACGUAAAUCCAAUUAUACUGAACAAAAAUAUUUACACAACAUGUAAAGUGUUGGUCCCAUGUUUCAUGAGCUGAAACAAGGGGCAGGCCCCCCCCCCCACAUUCUGAAAUUGCAUUUUUGUCCCCCCUCAGUUUUAUCAUUGGAAUGUGAUACUAAACGAGGCAACGGUGUGCUUUAGGACCAUGCAGACGCCUCCGAGCGGUCGGGUAGGCUGUUGUUAAAACCAAAGUUACAUCCCAGAUUAUCACACAGGUGCACCUUGUGCUAGGGACAGUAAAUGGCCACUCUAAAAUAUGCAGUUUUGUCACACAACACAAUGCCACAGAUGUCUCACGUUUUGAGGAAGCGUGCAAUUGGCAUGCUGAGUGCAGGAAUGUCCACCAGAGCUGUUGCCAGAGAACUGAAUGUUAAUUUCUCUACCAUAACCACAUCCAACGUCAUUUUAGAGAAUUUGGCAGUAUGUCCAACCGGCCUCAAAACCGCAGACCACAUGUAACAGUCAAGGACCUCCACAUCUGGCUUCCUCACCUGCGGGAUUGUUUGGGAACAGCCACACAGACAGCUGAUGAAACUAAGGAGUAUUUCUGUCUUUAAUAAUGGCCUUUUGUGGGGAAAAACUCAUUCUGAUUGGCUGGGCCUGACUCCCCAGUGGGCGGGCCUAUGCCCACCCAGGCCCACCCAUGGCUGCCCCCCUGCCCAGUCAUGUGAAAUACAUAGAUUAGGGUUUAAUUUAUUAUUUUCAAUGAAUUUAUUUCCCUGUAUGAACUGUAAAUCAGUGAAAUUGUUGACAUUUUUUUGCACGUUUUUGUUCCAUAUAGUUUUACAUGUUUAUUCAACAUCAUCACAUAGAUUUUUGGGUUUUAAAUUACAUGGAAACAACGCUGAUUCAACCAGUGCCAGUCUAUUUGUGCUCUCACACCAACUUCUUGUCACUCAUUGUCAUGUCAAUUAUAAUUAGCUUGACACUGACAGCAAUGAAGUUCGCAAGAGCACAAACUGAUCUGGGACCAGGCUAUGAAGUUAGAAUUCAUGUUCAUGAGUUGUCUUGGUUCCUAAACAGAUUUGACUUGAAACGCAAGGCUUAGCGUCCAUGAGAAGGGUAUAUAGUAGUAUAUAAGACCCAGGAAAGAAUAAAACACAUAAAAGAAGAGUUGAUUUAUUUAUUUGUGUUCUACUGAUAACAUUUGAAGUGUUUGAGACUGUAGAUCUAAAUAAAAUAACGAUGUGUGUAUUAUUGCCUCGCUAUUCUCAAACUAUGGAUAGUGGGUUGAUUAUUAUUUGGUCAGAUAUUGAUUGAUUGUCAGAUUAUUUCUUGGUCAGAUGUGCCCUCCAUGAUAUCAAGUUGUUCUCUUUAUACCCUUUCAAAGUGGAAAAGCGUUGUGAAUUGUUACAAAAUAUGUGAAUUGUUUUUCCUGUGAUGAGUCCUAGAUAGAAAUGUAGAAAGAUAAAUAAAUAAAAAUCCUGA